AUGGUAGUUUUAGGAUUUUUAGGACUGUUGCUAAGAGCAAAAGGGGUGAAGGUGAUUAAUAGGAAAUCAAUAUUGGUAUCUUGUCUCCAUUCGAAUAUGUAUUUUUGUAAACUAAGUCUGAAAAUAUCUUAUCUGAUGCUACUUACACACCUAUCAUACAUUUCUGGAUCAAUUAAGUUUAUUAAUUCACUAUCAUAUAUUAAAAAGUGUCAAUUAGAGGCAAAAAAAAUAUAUUUUUCUUUUUUGCAAGCUAUUAAUGGAUAAAUUCUACCUUUUGGUUUUAUUUAAGUUAAUCUAACAUUCCUGAGAGCAUUUUACCAUCAUUUUGUGAAUUUAUUGAAUUUAUUACACUCAGCAUCCAGAUUUAUUUAGUAUGAGGGAACUAACUCAUGCAUAUUUUGUGAUAUUUUGACAUUUAUGUCCAAAGAAGGAUAAAAAAACACUCACUAUAAUUCUGAUCCAGAAAUUGCAUUUAUUUCCCUUAUAAAAAUAGAUAGGCUAAUAUAAUAAUUAAGAGAAAAUAAAAGUGUUUUAUUUUUUGAACUUAAUUAGAAUAUUUAAACCUAGUAAGAAUAUUUAAACCUAAUGAUAAUAUUUAACCUAAUAAGAAUAUUUAAACCUAAUAAGAAUAUUUAAACCUAAUUAGAAUAUUUAAACCUAAUUAGAAUAUUUAAACCUAAUUUUUUUUCCGCCAGGGAGUAAUUAGAAUUUUAUAUCCUUACUUUCCUUGAAAUUUUUUUAUUUUAUUAUUUUCAUAAUAUAAUAAUUAAAUAAAUUUUAAAAUCCAAUCCUUCCUAUCUAAUCUAAGUAAGAGGUGUGGCUUUAUUUUUUUAAAGAUAUCUAAAUUUACAAAAAGAUUUUACUAGUAAGAUAACAAGAUUAUGGGAAACUCCUCGUCGUAAAAUACUAGCUCAUCUGGGUUACGAAACUCUUAAGUUGCAUAAAACAAUUAAAAUUAAUCUAAUAACUUAGAAACAAAAAUUAACUAAGUAAAAGCUUUAUUUGCAAAUUUUAGGGUUCAAACAGUUUUUAUUGCAUCAAGAUAAAUUAGUAAUGAAGGUAAUCCUUUCCAUCAUCAUGGACUUGUGUGUGUUGGUGAGUAAAGAUAGAAAAUAAUACUAGAGAUAUUCUAAGAAGGAUUUAGUGCUGGUCUUUAUAUUGAAGAAAUUUUUAUCUAAACAAAUUACUCCCAUGAUUUUAGUGAAAAUAUAGAGUUUUACUCAAUUUUAGAAAAGGCUAUUUAAUUAACGCGUGAUAAAUAUAAUUUAGCUUUUAAUAAUUGUCAAAAUUUUGCUGCAGAUUUAUAUAAGGAGCUAACUGGAAAUGAGGGACCUAUAAAUCAAUCAAAAAUAGCAAGUUUUUUUAUGGUAUCUUCGUCAUCUUCUAUAGUAGGUUCAGCAGUUAGUUCAAAGGUGA